AUGUUAUUCAAAACACUCUUUAUUUAGGAAAAAACAUAAUUAUUCUCAAGUGAAAUUGAGAAUUCAUUCGAGAUGUGUUUGCAUAAGACUUCUAUGAAUGGAUCAACAGAAUUUAUCAGAAUUUUGGGCAGUCUUAAGCCAGAGGGGGUUUUUAAAUCUUUUUCUUAUAUUUAAAUUAAUUUUUUUAACUUUUAUUUCCUCAAUGCCUCCAGAGAACACUUAGGUAACUUAACCUUGUUUUAAUACUAAAAUUACGAUUAUAUUAUCUCAAUAUCACAUGACUUUAUAUUUUUUUUUAGAUUUCUAAAAAAUCAAAACACAUUAAGAAAAACAAGACAGAUGUUCAUGAAUAUACUGAGGAAAAGAAGAAAGAAAUUGAAAAAGUGAUCUUUUGUUAUGUAUUUUAAUAGGAAUACUUGCAAAUAAAAAAAAACAAUUCAUUACAAGAAUCAUUUGAACCAAAGAUCUAGAAUGUGGUCAGCACGGUGAUCUUG